CAUUAUUCACCUAAGUGAAGCGACUCUUUCCUGGGCGUUUUUGCCAUGACUCUGCAGGGAACACUCCUUCUCCUGGGAUUACAAUGAGAUUGUGCAGAGUCCUUUAAAGCUGCAGCGGUUUGGGGGCUGUUUAGAUUUUUUUCCCCACUUUGCUAGAUACUCAGGAGCUAUUCUUGGCCUUGAAGUGGGCUCCUGGGAUCAGAAAGAGAAGGUGUGGGCUCUCUCACACACCAGUGGUCUCCAUUGAUUUAGUUCAGAAGGGUGUCGGUAAAGAGAGGAAUACACCCACUCACCUGUAUUGCUCUUGGAAUAAGCAAGCAGCAGAGCGAGCUCCAGGGGUGAGGCUUUUUUCUUCCCUUUUGCACGCAAAAAGAGAUUUGGAGUUGGUCUUCUUUCCUCCUAGUGGGAUGAAGAUGUGUGACUCUGGGGAAUGUGACAAUCGGGGGAAGCCUGCUCUGUCUUUUUCUAUUGAGGAGAUCUUAAAGAAACCCUCUGCUAGGACCUGCCUAAACAGUACACCAAGGACUAGCCAGAGCCAUGCCAAAGCAGCUCCAGCCACGGGAUCAGGGCCACAGCUGGAACUUGCCCUGGAUGCCAGCAGCAUGUGGAAAUCAGACAAUGCCUUACCUUCAGCAAAGAUGCUUCGCUCAGCCUCACCUUCUGCACUUGUGGCCAAGGCCAGCGCAAUGCAGCCAGUUCACUGCAGAAGACCCACUGCCCUGGAUGCAAGCCCAACUGCCUUUCUUAGUGAAGAUGAGGUACAUGAGCACCUAGGAGGCAAGAGAAAACAUGAGGAAGAGGAAGCUCAGCUGUGUGAUUUCCCAGCAGACCAUCCACUCCAUGAUGAGAGGAAAGGGAAGCGGAGAAUCCGGACGACAUUCACAGCAGAGCAGCUCCAGGAGCUAGAGAAGAUUUUCCAGGUCACUCACUAUCCAGACAUUCACAUCCGCAACCAACUGGCAGCAAAGAUCAACCUCCCCGAAGCCAGGGUCCAGAUCUGGUUCCAGAACCAGCGAGCAAAGUGGAGGAAACAUGAAAAAUUUGGCCAUUUCGGUGGCCUCCAGCAUCUGACCGAAGCAGAUUUCAUUCCAGCUCCAAAGUUGGAAAUCACAGGUUCCAGCCCGAUGCCCAGCAACGUCUGUGGUGCAGGCCCCCCCAUUGAGUAUUACCCACCAGCCCAAGGGUAUCUGACGUCAGCCUGGCUGUCCAACACAUUGCCUUUUGCUCCCACACACUUGGACCCGCUGCCCUUUCCUAAAUGUUAUCUGUUCUUUGACUACCUCCCUCCAUAUGGCAUCCCUCUGCCCCAGAAGACUGAAUGGAACAGUAUUCGUGUCAGUUCCACAUAAAAGAGGAUGAGGAGGAGCAGGAGUGGGAGACUCUGGGGGCAUCCUUUGGUCAUUUCUGACAGAUCAUAUUCAUGGGCAGGUGGGGUUCUCUUUGGAACAGGGCUGCUCAGCUUUUGGAUGGCGUGUGGUGCGAAGCCAGCUUGGCAUAACAGUAAUAUUGUAGCAGAAAGCCAAAGCCAGGCUAACACCAUAGAGCACCACUGAACCUUGGAAAGUGCGCUAUCAUCAUCCUUAAGAAGAGUGUACUUUGAAACAAUAUGACUUUCCAGAGGUCAUGUACCUAAUGGGAUAGUGCAUUAAGCAGUCCUGGUGAAGAGCUGAAGCUUUCUUCAGAAAACACCGGAUGAUCUUGUUGCAUGGAUGAUCUGAGGCAUUGAGAUUUUAGCAGGCUGAAUUCCUGUGCUGAGGCACACGUAGUGAUGGUCACCCCAAAAACCCUGGCUACUCCAUUGACCAAAAUGACUGAGCCAAGCAGAUGUGGGUCUCUUUCCUUGCAAAUUUCACGUUGGUCCUGUUUCUCUGGGUGGAAGAAGAUUUAGGUCAAAGAUCAACCUUAACUUGUUUUCUCUGGAAUGGGAGGGUUUGAUUUGCUUGUUGUAUUUUGACUUGAAUAAAAGAGGAUGAAUACAA